AUGCUCUGUUGCGAAUUUCCACAAAGCUCUUCACCAGUGAUACACACAAUGUACAAAAAAAAAAACAGAAAUGUAACAAAUGCAAUGUUAAAGGAUAAAGCUCGGGAAUUGAAUGCACAAUUUCGCACAAAUCAUAGUCUUAAAGGCAGUCUCCGUUGGGUGACAAGAUUUAAAGAACGUUCCAAUUUCCGUAAAGAGGAUAUCAGUAAAGAUUUAGGAAAUCAAUAUGAAGCGGAUAUCUUCAAAGCUGAGAUUAGAAAACUUCUGCAAGACGGGGAGUACACAUUGGAUAAUGUUUACAAUGCCGACUGCGCAGCACUAAUGUGGAAAGCAGUACCAGAAAAAACUCUGCUCUUUGAGAAAUCGCAAUCAAGGAGAAGAAUGGGAGAAGGACAAGUUACUACAUUUCUCUGUGCAAAUGCUACCGGAUGUCAUAAGCUGCCGGUACUAAUAAUCGCCACGAUUGAGCAUUUUCCAUCUUUCAAUAGUUUUCACACAAGUGAUCCAUCAAUUAUGAACAAAACUAACACCAAGCCUUUCAUGGACAGUAACAUACUCAAUGAAUGGUUCAAUAAAUGUUUCUUAAAAUUAGUUACAGAAAGACAACAGAAAAACGGACACAGAGAGAAAACUCUGUUGUUGUUAAAUAACGGUGGCUCGGAUCGCGAAAACAGGAUAAUAAGUACAAAAGAUGAAUUUGUUAAAAUCAUGUACUAUUCGUAUGAGGCUGCACCAUUCAUACAACCAAUAGAUCGUAGAAUAAUCGCAUGUUUCAAGCGAAUGUACAGAAACGAAUUGCUAGAAUCAUUAAUGCCAACAUCUAACAGCGUUUCAGAGGAAGAACUUAUACACAUCUAUUCCCAAUUAAAUAUAGACGAUUGCUGUCGUAUGGUACAUAAUGCUUGGUCAAAAAUCAAGAGUCCAAUACUGAAAAACGCGUGGGACAAGCUUUUGAAAGAUGAAAGCGAACGGAGUUCGGAAGACCCCGAAAUAAUAAAAAAAGACAUAGACGAAGCUCUUACUAAACUGAACAAAAUACCAGGAUGCGGAGGGUGCGACAGUAUCGCUGUGAUGAACUGGUUUGAAACUGAUAAGGAACAUAAUACCGACACACAAGAUGAUAUCCAGGAAACUCUUCUAGAUUUUAUAAACGCAGCUACGAAUACAGAGGCGAACGAACUUUGA